AUGUUUGUGGUUGUAGGCUCCAAGGAGCCGCUGUACAAGAUGGAAAUGCGUGUGCGACGCGAGGAAAGCGCACACGUGGACGAGUUUAUAUUGCAUGCUGCUUUAGACUUAGUAGAUGAAAUCAUGUGGACGACGCCUACCAUGGCACUUAAGGUGGUGGACCGAUUCAAUGACCAGCUCGUGUCAGCUUUUGUGACUGCCUCCGGUGUCAAGUUUCUGUUGUUGCACGAGAAUCGCAACGCUGAUACUAUCAAAGCUUUUUUUCAAGAGGUGUACGAGCUUUAUGUAAAGCUCCUAAUGAACCCCUUCUACGAAUACGAUACACCCAUCUAUUCCGAGGUUUUUGACGCGCGUGUAAAGACCUUAGCACGAAGAUAUUUGUCAAGUUGA